AUGCCUGCCCCCGUGCCUACCGCCCCUGCGGGCACUUUCGCUCCCGGAACGAAGAUACAAGUUGGAAACCACAGGGUGGUGAUUCAGAAAUAUCUCUCCGAGGGAGGGUUUGCCCACGUAUAUCUGGUCAAGCUCCCGAAGCCCAUCGACGGCACAGACAUGGCUGUCUUGAAGAGAGUGGCUGUCCCCGAUAAGGAGGCGCUGCGGAGCAUGCGAACCGAGGUCGAAACCAUGAAGAGGCUCAAGGGUCAUCGCCCAAUCGUUACAUACAUCGAUUCUCACGCCUCUGAGAUGCGUGGCGGCGGUUAUGAAGUCUUCCUCCUCAUGGAAUUCUGCGAUGGGGGCGGUUUGAUCGAUUUCAUGAACACACGUCUUCAGCAUCGCUUGACCGAGCCCGAGAUCCUCCACAUCUUCACAGACAUCGCCGAGGGCGUCGCCUGCAUGCACUACCUCAAGCCACCUCUCCUUCACCGUGACUUGAAGGUCGAAAACGUGCUCAUCGUCAGCCAUGGCUCCCAGAAAAAGUUCAAGGUCUGCGAUUUUGGAUCUGCUGCUCCGCCGAAACCCGCGCCGCAAACCGUCGUCGAAUGCAGGCUCAUGGACGAGGACGUACAAAAACACACCACCAUGCAAUACAGGAGUCCCGAGAUGAUUGAUGUCUACCGCAAACUUCCCAUCGACGAAAAAUCUGACAUUUGGGCCUUGGGUGUGCUGUUGUACAAGUUGUGCUACUACACUACCCCGUUCGAGGACCAGGGGCAGCUGGCUAUCCUCAACGCAAGUUAUAGAUUCCCUAGUUAUCCAGUCUUUUCGGAUCGCCUCAAGAAGUUGAUUGCUUCCAUGCUGCGUGAGAGCCCCGCAGCUAGACCGAACAUCUAUCAGGUUCUGCGCGAAGGCUGCGCCAUGCAGGGUCGCGACGUCCCUAUACACGACAUCUACACCGGAAAGCAACGUUCGGAGCCACAAAGCAGACCUGCCGCAACUGAGCCUGCGGGGGCCAAGCCAGUAGUCGGCGCCGUGUUUGCCCCGGCGAAGCAAGAGGAGCAAGUUCUCCCGGACAUUGUGCCCAUGAGGAGAGGCAGACUUCCGGCGUCCAGCCAACAGCCUCAGGCGCAGGCCCAGCAAGCGGCAAAGCCAAGCCCGUCUCCCAUGCGCGUCACCAAUGGGGACCCAUUCGCUGCUCUAGACACACCAGCUGCGGCAACGGCGGCGGCUGCUGCUGCUACUCCUGCGGCAGAUGUCGAUGAAUUUUCAUCUCGGUUCCCAUCUUUGGAUCAGUUUUCUCUUCUCCAUGAGUCUGGAUCCAAAUUCAACUUUGACUCCCACACCCCCCCUGCAACGCAGCAGCAGCAGCGAAGCCAGGCCCAGCGACCCGCUGAGAAGCCCGUUGACGCGGCGUUUCCAGCUGCGCACUCGCCCCCGAAGAACCAGGAGCCAGUUCGUCCGAGGACAGUUGCGCCAACGGGAGCUUCUUCUUACACACCUCCGACGGUGAAGUCUCCUCCACCGGGAGCCGUGGGCUUGACAAAAACUGCCUCGGCUCCUACACAGCAAGCCGAGAUGAGCAGAGCGCAUGCAAUUAUCAACAAGAACCCUGAGCUGCAAGCUAUUUCGUCUCACUCCCAGGCCCACGCUCGUGCCCAAAACCCGUAUCAGGCACCGCCAUCGAGAUACGUGUCGACUGGCACAAUGACAAAUACGCCGCCUCCGGAGCAGCAGCAAGCCCGUGAGCCAGGACCUAUAUGGCGAGUACCUACGACAGACCCCAGUCGGUCAACGAGCCUUCCUCGUCAGUCCGAAUCGAGCCUUCCUAGCCGUUCAGCAGCGGACGAUCCAGUUCCUGGGUCUAUUCCACGGGUCCCUUCAUACCAAUUUCGGCCGAACCACGUGCGGCAUCCAUCAUCAUCUCGUCCGUCCCUUGAGGGCGGACGCCCAAGCCUGGAUCUCCUUGACUCAAGCGCCCAAAGAAGAUCCAUUGACGGCCGCCAGCGUCCAGUGAGCACACACCUGGAGUCGAACCUGGAUUUUCUUCGCGAGAAGGAAGGGUCCUCAAAGCCAUUACCCUCUCCGGGCUUGAUGUCUCCAAAGUUCCCGGAUAGAGUGCCAUCUCCUGCGACGCCCACGGAGCCGGAGCAGGAGGAAGCGCACAUCGAAUCAAAUGUAGAGUUCCUGCGCAGCAUGGAAGAGACCAAAUCAGAGAGGAAGGAGUGGGGCGCGAAGCAUGGCAAGCGCGGAAGUCUGAGCUCGCUCUCUGGAACUAAGAACAUCUUGGCUGGGAAGUUUGGAGAUGCAUUCAAGCGGUUUGAAGGAAACCAGGCUCCGGCGCCCGCCCGAACGCCGUCACCGCUCAAGCAACUAGAUCGCCCGACACUCACCCCAAUCGAGGGUUCAGAGGCUACCGAUGGCCGUACUGAUGACGGCAAGGGCAUGGAGGAGACUGAAGACAUGACUCCCGCCAUGCGACGAGAGCUCGAACGGCUCCGGCUUGAGGAGGAAGAGCGCCGUGUCGAAGCAGCAGCAGCAGAAUACCGCCAACGAUUCACCAAUCAGAGUUCAGGUCCCGGCGGGCUGCCGAAGAGCAUUGGCGGCGUUUCUCGAGCCGUCAGCAUUCAGAACAGAGUGCAAAAUCUGUUGAAUGAAGGCCAGAAGUCCUCGACGCAGGUUCCUCGUACCGCACAAGGCUACGGAGUCUACACCGACAACUCUCCAGCCCCAAACCGACUGGAUAAGCAGCUUCCUGAGAUUCCCCGGAAGCCGGUUGGCGGCGCUAAAUCUCGAUCCGUGACACCCUCCAACGCUCAAGAUGUCGCCGUCCACAAAGUGCGGCCGUCUGCCAGCGAUCCUGUCUCACAAACGGGGCGAAGCACUCCUGGGCCGAGGCCAGUGGCACCGCGUAAGCCGAUGCACCUAAAUAGCUUGCCGACCGGUGGCCGGUCAGGCUCGCCACCGAAAUCAUCACAGGCCCCCUCGAUGUCCUCCGACCACCUUGUUGGCGUAGGACUCCCCGGUCGGCCAGUGAUAGAAAUGUCGGCCAGAGAGAAGGAGGAUUAUUUGCAAGACUUCUCGAAGCGAUUCCCUAGCUUGGGCUCUAUCGAGAUGGUUGAACGUGACCUCGCAGCGGAGGCGGGCGAGCAGCGACCGGCAAGGUAA